UCUGUUGGCAGUUGCUUGAAUCUGCCAUCUUUUGGUUCUAUUCUUGAAAACGGGAACAACAUCUACAAAACGCAAGGUGGCGCUGCUGGCUAAAAAGAGGGGGGAUACUCUUACAAAGGAAGUUACAAAUUCUACUGAUCAGAGGAAAGCUGACAGACAAGAAAAGGAAAGGAAAGGGUGGUGAUGGAGUUGGGAUAAAGCAUUGCUAUUAUACACCUCAUUUCUAAGGAUUCGGUUUCUGCAAUUUCUGAGAACUGCUUGAGGCAGAGCAAACCGUGGUUUUGAAAGGUUGCUUAAACAAAGAAUGGAGGCCAUAGUGGCGCGUGCAGUGCAGAAAAGGCAAGUGUUCUUUCUUUGUGUGUUUUUGGGAGUGUCUUGGGCUGGCACAGAACCGCUUCAGUAUUUUGUGGCAGAGGAAAUGGAGAGGGGGACUUUUCUGGCCAACCUAGCAAUUGAUCUGGGUUUGGAGCCGGGGGAAGUAUCAGCUCGGGGAUGUAGAAUCGUUUCAGAUGAGAACAUAAGAUUUUUACUCCUCAAUCCGCUUACUGGUGACUUACUUCUAAAUGAGAAAUUAGACCGAGAGAAACUGUGUGGCCCCAUAGAGCCGUGUGUGUUGCCUUUCCAGCUGCUACUUGAAAAGCCUUUUCAGAUUUUCCGUGCUGAGCUAUGGGUCAGAGACAUCAAUGAUCAUUCUCCAGUAUUUCUAGACAAAGAGAUUUCCUUGAACAUAUUAGAAAGUACCACUCCAGGGGUAACAUUUCUUCUAGAAAGGGCAGAGGAUUCAGAUGUUGGUAUCAAUAACCUGAGAAACUACACCAUCAGCUCCAACAUCUAUUUCCAUAUUGAUGUCCAUGAUAGUGGAGAGGGGAAUGUUUAUCCCGAAUUGGUACUGGAUAGAGUGCUGGAUCGUGAAGAGGUUUCUGAACUCCGUUUAACACUCACAGCCCUGGAUGGCGGCUCUCCGCCCAGAUCCGGGACCACCCUAAUACACAUACUGGUUUUGGACGUAAAUGACAACGUCCCUGAAUUUGUACAGUCGCAUUACAGGGUGCAGGUGCCUGAAAACAGCCCUGUUGGCUCCCUGGUUGUCGCUGUAUUAGCUAGAGAUUUAGAUACUGGAAGUAAUGGAGAAAUAGUCUAUGCGUUUUCGUAUGCUACUGAUAGAAUUCUCAAAACGUUUCGAAUCAAUUCAACAUCUGGCAAACUUUACCUUAAAGCAGAAUUGAACUACGAGGCAAUACAAACUUAUACAUUAACUAUUCAGGCCAAAGAUGGUGGAGGGCUUUCUGGAAAAUGUACUGUGGUGGUCCAUGUAACAGAUAUCAAUGAUAAUCCACCAGAACUACUCAUGUCAUCACUUACUAGCCCAAUUGCAGAAAACUCACCGGACACAGUAGUAGCUGUUUUUAGGAUCAGAGACAGAGAUUCAGGGAACAAUGCAAAGAUGGUGUGCUCCAUCCAGGACGAUCUCCCCUUCGUCCUGAAGCCAUCAGUAGAGAAUUUCUACACCCUGGUAACAGAGAGCCCCCUCGACAGAGAGAGCCAGGCGGAGUACAACAUCACCAUCACCGUCAGUGACUUGGGGACCCCCAGGCUGAAGACCCAGCACAACAUCACCGUGACGGUCUCCGACGUCAACGACAACGCCCCCGCCUUCAGCCAGACCACCUACACCCUGCGCGUCCGCGAGAACAACAGCCCCGCCCUGCACAUCGGCACCGUGAGCGCCACCGACAGGGACGCGGGCGCCAACGCCCAGGUCACCUACUCGCUGCUGCCGCCCCGGGACCCGCACCUGCCGCUCGCCUCGCUGGUGUCCAUCAACGCGGACAACGGGCAGCUGUUCGCGCUCAGGUCCCUGGAUUACGAGGCGCUGCAGGCCUUCGAGGUCCGCGUGGGCGCGGCCGACCGCGGCUCGCCCGCGCUGAGCAGCCAGGCGCUGGUGCGCGUGCUGGUGCUGGACGACAACGACAACGCGCCCUUCGUGCUGUACCCGCUGCAGAACGGCUCUGCGCCCUGCACCGAGCUGGUGCCGCGGGCGGCCGAGGCGGGCUACCUGGUGACCAAGGUGGUGGCGGUGGACGGCGACGCGGGCCAGAACGCCUGGCUGUCGUUCCAGCUGCUCAAGGCCACGGAGCCCGGGCUGUUCGGCGUGUGGGCGCACAACGGCGAGGUGCGCACGGCCCGGCUGCUGAGCGAGCGCGACGCGGUCAAGCACAGGCUGCUGGUGCUGGUCAAGGACAAUGGCGAGCCGCCGCUGUCGGCCAGCGUCACGCUGCACGUGCUGCUGGUGGACGGCUUCUCGCAGCCCUACCUGCCGCUGCCGGACGUGGCGGCGGCCGAGGCCCGGGCCGACCCGCUCACCGUCUACCUGGUCAUCGCCUUGGCGUCCGUGUCGUCGCUCUUCCUGUGCUCGGCGCUGGCGUUCGUGGCGGUGCGGCUGUGCAGGAGGAGCGGGGCGGCGUCGGGGGGUGGCUGCGCGGUGCCCGAGGGCCACUUUCCGGGCCACCUGGUGGACGUCAGCGGCGCGGGGACCCUGUCCCAGAGCUACCAGUACGAGGUGUGUCUGACGGGAGGCUCAGGGACCAGCGAGUUCAAGUUCCUCAAGCCCAUUAUCCCCAACCUCCCACCCCAGUGCCCUGGGAAAGAAACAGAAGAAAAUCCUAACUUCCGCAAUAGUUUUGGGUUCAACAUAUAGAGAUCAUAAUUAUGUUUGACAUUCCAUAAGUGCCACUUUUCAUGCCACUUCCAGAUCAAUGUUAUUUCCCCCAAUUUGUGUGUAUUUUAAAUUGUAUUCUGUGUACUUUUAUAUUUUCACAAAUUCUACCCAUCUUUCAAGUAAAUGUUAUCUUUGUGUUUAUAAUUAGAUGGUACUUUUUCUGUAAUCCAGGAGGCCUUAAUGGGUAAUUAGUUUGCCUCCUUAAGUAACAGCACCAAAUCACUUUUGUUCAUUGUCCUCUAUCCAGUUGAACUUUCACCUACAAUUAUGCUUUUGGUAAA